GUCCCGCCUCCCACCCCGGUCUGAUGCUGGGGAGGAGCGCAUUCCCGGGACUAUAUCCACCGGUGAAUGGUGGGGGAGCGGUUCGUUUCAGGUCGCUCCCGGGAAUGAUGGAUAUGGAGGCGAACGUUGACCCGUCGGAGCUACAUCCGCUAGGGGAGUAUGACUUCGAGAAGAACUUCAAUCAGCUGGCAGCCAGGGAAUGGAUAGAGGAGAAUUGGCAAAAGACUUUUCUUUUUUCUUCUAUUUAUUUGAUUGUGAUCUUUGGAAUCCAGCAUUUCAUGAAGGGACAGAGACCCUUCAACCUGCGUUUACCCCUGACUCUGUGGUCCUUCAGCCUAACCUUGUUCAGUUUUGUUGCAGCCUGUCGRGUCUGGAAGCUUAUGGCCUUCCUUCUCCUUACCAAGGGAUUUAAGCAAUCUGUGUGUAGUCAAUCUUUCUACGUCCACCCUAUUUCCAAGCUUUGGAUGUAUUUAUUUACACUGAGCAAGCUCGUUGAACUGGGUGACACUCUGUUCAUUGUUCUGCGGAAAAAGAAGCUCACCUUCAUCCACUGGUACCACCACAUAUAUACGAUGAUUUUAGCCUGGUGUGGCUAUAAGGACAUGGCAGUUGGUAUGGGCUGGAAUGCAGCCGUGAACCUCAGCGUCCAUACUAUAAUGUACUGCUACUACACUCUGACAGCUCUGGGCUUCCGGGUACCCAACUCCUUCGCCAUGACAAUCACCACUUCACAGAUCGUGCAGAUAAUGGGAUUUAUAAUAAUGAACGUCUUUAUCUGCUUCUGGAAGGAUGAUAAGCUCUGCCCAUUCAAAUGGCCAAUGUUUUUAAUUUCCUGUGGCUUGUAUACCACUUUACUGGCCCUCUUUGUCAACUUCUUCAUGAAAACUUAUCUGGGUAACACCCGGAAAUCAAAGGGGAAUUAAAACCAGGGAUGGAGGAAGAAAUUGGGAUGAAAGUGGGGAGAGAGGGAAAGGGGAAAUUUUUUCUUCCGUCUGGAGGCCAAGUGCCUGAUGGGAUGGGUGUGAUGGGGCUUAGGAGGAGAUCACUGUGGAUAACAGCCUUCAGAGUAACUUGCACAUUGGCCUUUGGUGUGUCUGCCUUGCAGUGAGUGACAUGCCAGAGUGAAGUGCAGGUUGUGGCAGGCUGGUAACAGGAGAAAGGGGAAGAGGUUUGGAGGCUGGAGACCUCAGGCUUGUGGUUCUGCUUUUCCUUCUUUGCAUCAUUUGUGUUUGCUUUGUGGCUCACUUCCUUCCUGGGAACUGAUAGGAUCCUGCAUGCACCAAGACUUUCCUUGGAAAAAAAGGUAGGGAAACUCCUCCCAAAGCAGCACUUCCCUGUCCAUGGUCCCCAGUUUUGUGGGAGGGAGAAGAGCCCAGAUCUGCUGCUACUCUGCAGGGCACCCCAAAGAGAUGACUGCUGGGAACAGCACUGAAAUGGAAAAUUCCUGCUGUAUUUUAAGGUUAUGUAGGGAGGGGCUCUGCCUGGGCUCUCCCUUCUCCUCUGUGAUGCAAGGAACUGAAACCCAUGAAUUUUAAUAGCUGUUAGCUGUGGUGUGCCUCUUGUACAAUUAAACCAUCUAUUUAACUUGACUGCCUGCUCUCUCAGACCCUAAAAGCUGAGUAGGAUCCAGCUCUGCCCUGCAGAGCAUGUCAGGCAUUGCCAAUGGCCUCAGCCCAUGGCCAGUCUCAUGGACUGGGGACAGAAGGGUCCCAGAGUCAACUACUCUCAGGGUGCAUCUGCCACUGGGUGAUGUGUUCAGGUGACUAAUAAAUGCUGUAAUGGAUG